GUGCAUUGUUGGGAGCUCGCGCAAGAUGGCCGCACUCAGUCGAAAGUAGUAUGAAAAAUGGUAAAAUUUCCCUGAAAAAAAAUUACAUUUUUCCACACGCACACGUACACCGCCAUCCACGACACGUUGCGCCCGGCGGCCAGCGGAGCCCGUGUCGUACCCGAAAUCCACAUAAGUUUGGCGGCGGCGCACACCUGGCGCUUCUUCCGUGGGGGCCUCCUACGUACCGAAUCCAGCGCAUAACCCGACCACAAUUGUGACGAAACUGUGCGAGAAUGCUGCGACCGAAGCGUCGACCGGCGUCCGAGUGUUGUGCCAUGUAGCGGCGCGUGAAACGCACGCCGCGAGAAGCGCCUAGAUGCGUCGGACGAGCGUCGCGACGAUCGAGGAGAUAGCCGCACAUCGUCGCCGAAAUUGACGAAGUGCAUUACGGACGAUGCAGCAGGACAAACUGAAGGAUGUGUCCCCUGCUGGCCUCGUCGUGGACGGUGGCGGCGUCGGCGUGUGUUUCGUGUGUGGUGCGCGCGGUUUACAGCACGCCUACUGGGUGCAUGCGAAACCGCCGGGUGGGAAAGCGCGCGAGCCUCAUUUUCCGUUUCUGGAGUCGCACGAAUUACCCGCUGGCUGCGUGCCACCGAAGAGCGCCGAUGGUGCGGUGCCGGCGUGCCAGCUCUGCUACAGUCUCCUUCUGCAGCAGUGGGAUGCGUACGAACGCGCCGCACGCCCACAUCAUGAGCGGCUCUACUGGCUGAAACGUGUCGAUAACGGGCCGUACACUGGAGCGGACAUGGGCAUGCAGGGCGAGUACGCCGCGCAGAUGCUCGGCCUGAAUAGUGAUAACGCCGUUAGCAGUCGACCGCCCAGCAGAAGGGAAAGCGAAGUCGCUGCGCAGCGGUAUAAAGCAUCCCCGCGUCCUUCACUAGUAUCAACAACGGAGAGAGAAGACAAAGAUCCACCCUCAGAGGCCUUAGAUCUGCGCAAUUCGAGCAGUCGCAGUUCGCCCAUCCUGCAGCAGCAGCGUUCCACGCCGGUGCACCUCUUCCACAGUCAGAACUCCAACUCGUCGACGGGUACCGACAUCCUCGACCUGAGCAUGCCGGACAAGAACUCCGUCACAGAGGUGUGUUACGUAUGUGGCGACGAGUUCAAGCGCGGCAGUCUUAGUUAUAUCGCGGCGCGCCCGCUGCAGGAAACACCCGUCACACCGUUCUUCCCUAGCCUGAUGUUGCACCCACGUCCGUCGCGCUCGCGCCCGAUGGACAGUAGUGGCAAGGUUCAGGCGUGUGUUGACUGCCAGCAGCAUCUUGUCAAGCAGUGGCACACGUUCCAGGCACAGGCUGUACCACAUUAUGAGCGAAAUUAUACGCUUCGUAAGCGGCAAGCUGCGGCCAUCGACACCACCACCUUCAUUUGUUAUACUUGCGCGCUGGAAUAUCCUAGCAGCAGCAUCCGCCUGCUUUACUGCUGUGCCAAUCCCGAGAAGGAGCCGUACUUUCCCUAUAUUCAGACGUUAAAACCGCCGCCUGGCACUAGCCCAAUCAGUCCUCAGGGUAUGGUGCAGGUGUGCUCCAUUUGCUACAAGAGUAUACCACAGAAACAUCAGGUGUUUGGCGAUCCGAAUUCCACGGCUGGAAACAACCACGUGUCCAUUACGGACGUGCAAUAUUAUAAUAACAACUCCAGCCGACCGAGCACGGUAAAAUCGCCGGCGAAUAGCGCAGGAAGUGACGUUCGGUAUAAACCCUACGACGUCAACAAAACUACCAUCGUCACCUCGAAGAAAAAACAAGCUGCGAAUGAAUUGCGGCAAUUAGCAAAGAGAACAUCUUCACCUGCUCCCGAAAUCAACGGACAAAGCUCUGGCGAUAACUACCGUUGUUAUAUCUGUGCUGGGCUUUUCCCGCAUACGCAGAUGGAGUGGCUGAGUACUAGUUCCGAGGGCAUGAAUUCCCAUGCGAUGCACUUUCCUAUCCUUCGUACGGUAGCACGCACCUCGGAAAACAGCUGUAUGGAUUCGCAUGGUCGUGUUUUGAGCUGUGCGAAGUGCGUCAAUUACUUGGCGAUGCAAUGGGAUACUUUAGAAAGUGAACGAGUGCCCUUGGAGCAACGCCGGUAUGAAGUACCGACGCCCAUUCCGGAUUCGCACAGCAUCAACGGCGACAGGUGUAUUACAUCGCCGCCUAGUGUUCAUAGCGAUCGAGUGGCCGCCUCUGCCACCGGUAGCAGCAUUUAUUGCUUCCUGUGUGGUUACCAUUCCGAAUUUACACUUGCGAGGGUUGUCUACAGUCGACCGCAAGGUCGAAAUGCACCGUACUUUCCUGCUCUCCUUAAACACAAAUCGCCGGCGAAUGCGGAACAGCUUCGUGAUGACGGUUCGGCACUUGUGUACUUUUGUUACCAUAGUUUGGUGAGUCAGUACAGACGGUUCGAGUCGUCGAGCACGGCGGCAACGCCACCCGCCGAUCGACGCGAGUACAACACGCACAAUUACUGCUGUUACGUGUGCGGCGUGACGACGUAUCGUAAACGAGUGAGAGCUUUACAAAUAAAGGAUUUUCCAUUUUUAAAAUUCCAUCGACAAACGGAAUAUUCGUUAUUGUUGGAAAACGGCGAUUUUGCGGUAGUUUGCCUCGACUGCUACGAAACACUGCGAACGCAAAGUUUAGAAUACGAACGGUGGGGUCUUCCGUUGGACAAGCGGCAGUACAACUGGAUAACGCAGCCGCCUCCGCCCGAAGACAGUCCCGAAGCGACGAUUGCUCGACUGCCUAGCGGGCAACGCAGCGAUAAAGUUGUUCCUCAAACGUUUGUAACCCGUCCAGCGCGCAAGAACUGCUCGCCGAAAGCGUCGGAGCGAAAGCCCAACACUGCCGCGAUUCCCAAACCGGAAGUCGGUCUAUCAACAAAUUCCGCGCCACUGAAGACCGCACCAAGCACUACCAAUGGCAGCAGCGCGAAGGCGCGAUCGUCGAGUGGUCAUGCUAUUCCCGGUCAAGGAUCAGCCCCAUCGCCGGCGAGCGCUGCCAACGCAACGUCGCAUUCCUUCGCGGCGGCUCUGAGGAAUCUUGCGCAACAAUCUCUGCCUGGCAGUAGUGUCGAGACAAGCGAGAAAGCGAAAGAUUUGUAUGCGGCGCCGCCGUCGAAUGUUCCUGGCAGUCGCACGGAAACAACGGGAACACCCACGACGCGGUCGGAUCCUCAGCUCGCUUCACGUUUACCUACCUUAGGCACAUCGGCGGCACUGAUGGCUGGGCAUCCUGCUGAUAGAUAUCCAGACCUUCGCAGCGGGUUCCAGCCUUAUCGGCCUGAGGAACGAAUACCAACUUUGCCUGUAGCGCCUGUACCGCCGAUGGAAGCUGUUCCCGGGUAUCCCUACGGAUAUCCGCACAUGCUGAUGGAGGAUCAAUUGUACUUUGAACGAAUGGGUGUCCUCAGACCUCCGUGGCCGCCUAUGGGACAUCCCUAUCUACCCUACGUGCUUCCAAGUGUAGGCGGUGCAAUGCCACUGUUCAUGCACGAGAGAAUGAAGCUGGAAGAGGAACAUCGUCAUCGUUUGGCCGCCUCACGUAAAGAAGAACAAGCUGAACGCGAUCUCCUCGAACAACAACAACACCAAAGAGAGCGGGAGUUACGCGAGAAGGAUCGUGCUCUUCGGGAGCGUGAGAGGGAACGCGAGAGAGAACGUGAAAGGGAACGAGAGCGUGAUCGGGAACGCGACAAAGUCGCUGCUCUCGCGCGAAUUUCUCCCGCGCAUCCACACGCGGCGCCAUCUCCGCUGAUGUUACCAAUGCUGGGGCCCAUGUUACCACCGCCGAAAGACCUCUACCCUAACCCAUACCUACCACCUGCGCGACCGCUCCUCACAGCUGCGCCGCCAGCUAGUUACCCAACGAUACCACGCUCUAGCCCUUCUCUUCAGCGGCAUUCUCCGCAUGCAAGCGCGUACUCUCUGAAUUUGACUCAACCUCGACAUAGUCCCAUCUUGCAACCAUCCGGGCCUAUGAUCAACAACUUGGAACUGCCGCGGCAGGUGCCAAUGACGAUUGCAAGUCGUACAUCGCCGAAACCUUCUCCUCGCGCGUCGCCUAAAGCUUCUCCGAAACCUAAUCACACACCGAGUCCGGGUCCUACUCCGAUAAGUCAUGAGACUGCGACGACGGUGGUGAGCAAUAACAACACUCUGACGAUUCCUACUGUGCACACAAGAACCCCCACUCCAACAGGGGUGAUACUACCGGCGCCUGUACCUGCAGUUGCAUCAGUCACAGGUAAACUGAUGGGAAACUUGGAGGAGGCUGGGGUUAACGGUGGCGGCAUUUUGAGUACCUCACCGAUUGCGCUGACGACCAAUGUGGGCGCUACGGCAACCACGGCGGAUUCGAAUCGUGGUGAUAAUGGGGAAAGAAGUAAGUUGAUUGAACCAUUGGUCAAACCGACGCCACCACUUCCACAACUAUCGGAGCGGAGCAAACUGUACAGUAUCGAAUCGCUGAUCGUCACCUCCAACAAUGAGAAACCCGCGACCCUCCCCGACUGCACGGCAUUCGAACAACAAUCUUGCAAAUACGCGACGACCCCGCUCCACACCAAUCGAGAUCCGGGUGAUUGCGGUCAUCUGGGCAACACGCACAGCCCACAGCUGCCGGCACCGUCGCCCAACUACCCGGUGCCCGAUACUCCCGACAAGGCGCCAGAAUCAGGCCAGCAGCAGCGGCGACGGCCGGCCGCCGCUCAUGUACCAAAUACCGAUGUUCCUAUCCACAUUACGCAUAGUUUAAGUAGUGAUAACGACGCACCUCGACAACCUACUAGUCAGACUGAUGUUUGCAAGCAAACCGCGGGGCCGGGGGAGGUGCAGGCGGUCGGCAAUAACGUGCAGAAUAAUAACAAUCACCACUACGUCAACAACAACAAAUCGACGACUCACGACAAUAGUGAUAGCAAAUCGGAUGAUAGUCUCAAAUCAUGUGCCAAUUCGCAAGAGGAACACACUUCUACGCCGCACCAAUCUAUGUACAAUUGUAACAAUAUCGAGUCGACCGGAGCGCAAAUUACGACGAUAAACAUGUUAUCAACAUCAAAGGUAUCUCCAGUGGCCAACGGGUACGUGUUGAUCGUGCCGCAGUUUAAUAUGCAAGCCAACGCAUCAAAUGCACGAGAUUUGUUGGCUAUCCGACGCACGAGAAGCAAAUUAGAUUUGGCGGCGAAACGCCGUCGCUUGCGUCGGGAAUUGCGCGCGCUCAAGUCUAAGCGGAACGAUGUUGCGCUGGAAAUUAGAGAAGAGCCGAAAAGUCGGGUGACUAUUGAGUACGGCUUAAAGAUACACGGAUAUUCUUCAGAAUCCAGUUCGAGUGAGGAGUUCUCCACUGAUGUCGAGUCUGAUUUGGAUCUCGAUCUCUGGAUACGCACGGGACCGCCUUCAAAAUUAAGUAUUUCGGAGGAUAAGACAGGAUUUUUGAAUAUUUUCGGACUGACUACACAUCAUCAUAGAAGUGAAAUUGAACUGAAAAAACUGGAACGUAGAAAAUGGGCACCGCCUGUACUCCAGUUUAAACACGAAGUAGUGGCGAGCAGAACUGAUAGAUUAGAAUUGCCAGUGCCUUUUGAAUCACCUUCGUUGCUGAAUCGAUCAGCGGACUUUCCACGAAAGGCUGGAUUUUUCCAUGGGAUUGGGCUUCGUACCGUUAACACCAGACAACGGCUUGAGCUUGAAAAGAAUUGGCUAAAAGUUGUGCAACAGAGGUUAAAACGCAACGCACUAACUUCGCUAAACAACUUCUAUCAACGCUUCGGUGAAAAAGUACUCUCAAUGAAAGAAAAAGACGACGUGAUCUUGUCGAUACCAAAAUUUCGAGACAAUGCAAUGCAAACCGAACUCACCACGGUCACGAACAACUUCCGUGCUGGCCUUCCAAACUUCUUCACUGAUUGUUCAAGCACGAAUGUAACGAACGUUCUGCGUACAAUCCCGCAUGCGACACUCUUUUCUAAACACCACAUAAAUCAAGGCAAAUUGCUUGGUGAAAAUAACGAGAUGAUGAACGGCGUGGUGCUCAAGCAGCCGCCCUACAACGAGGUGCAUUUCAACGGCACUCUGAUGCAUGGUAUCGUUCCGCCAGAGAUGAAUCCCGAGGCGCAGAUGGCUUCAGCUCGACAGGCCUUCGAUCAGCCGGAGCAGCAGCCCAAUCAGUCUACGAGCAGCUCGUGCAGCGUGCAGGCGUGUAUUACUAGCAUGGUGAAGGAGAUGGUAUCAGGCACUGCGGGAAUGACAAUAAUUGAUUGCGAUUGUGGUGUCACACCAAGCACGAAAGGAAACCUGCCACGAAAAGCUCUCAAGAAAGCAAGUACGCAGUGUAAUCGAGAUUGGGCGACAUGGCCAGGGCUCAAUGAAAUGAUGACAGUCUAUCAGAAAUUCGCGUCAGAUAGAAACCACGAAAUACUAUCACUGCAGAAGAAAUGCGAACAUCAACGACAGAUUGUCGAGCAGCAACAAGCAGAGGUAAAACGCUACGAAGCCCGCCAGACGGAAUUACGGAAGAUUUCUACAACCGGCAACCUUAAGCGUCACAACAUCGAGAAGGCCCUGGACCGCUUGACGAAAAUCCUCGCGGACUUCAAGCCGUCCGACAGAUAACACACGACGAAGGCGCGACUAGAAAUUUGACUAGAUCUACAUCUAUACAACCAUCGAGACUUAUUCGGCGAUGUCGUUCAACACGUUUUUACGAUUUUAAAAAGCAUUUUAAUCUCCACUGUGCAAUUCCGUACAUAGGUUGAUUAGCAGCGCAAGAGGUCGACACGUUAUACAAGUUUACAACAUGCCACACACACGUUUUAAAUAACUAAUUCGUCGCGCAGCGAAAGUAUUAGAUUUUAUAAUAUUCCGAAGACAUUCAUAUCUUAUUUUUAUUUGACGGCGAAAGGCGAAGGCAAGGACGGAAUCUAUAUAUCUACCAAUUGUUAUUGUUGGUACAAUGAAGAUGACAAUUAUUUUGUUCGCGAAACUGUGUACAUACUACUGUGAAGCAUGAGAUUUUCAUUUCUUUAAAAUAAUUUUAUACACUUUCUAAUAUUUCAUACUUAAAACAAGAAAACACUGUGCUUACCCUCUAUUAAUUUAUAAUCAAAUCACGAGGAUGGGUCGGCGGAGUUUAUUUUUUACGCGACGUUAACUAAUUUCUAUCUUAUUUUCUUCAAUUGAUUGAAGGAGGACAGACGAUGAGAUUGUAUAUUGUGUAAUAAUUUGUACAACUAACUGAGGAAACUAAUCGAAAUGGAAAAAUAAUUUUCGUUUUUUACGGGUGAUUAGAAUUAAUUUACUAUAAUAGUUGCUAGGGGAGCGGAAGGUACGCGCGACGCGACAGGACGAGAUAGGAGCGAACGGUGUUCACUGAUUCUGUGAUAAAACUUUGAUGAAAAACAAAAUAAUACACACAACACAAAAUGAACAUUUGAAGAUUAACUUAAGAGACAUACAACCGUGUAGAAUAUGCGAUUACCUUAAUUUAAUAACGAUGUAAAUGAUGUGUUUCUAUGAUAUAUAUAUAUUAUAUUGUAUUAGCGUUAAGUGAGCGAACAGCAUUUUUGAGGAAACGCCUAGGGAAAAAGAGUGCGAAUCAAAUAAUUCAAGUUUAUUUGUAAGUAAGAUUUGACUAUAUGAAAGAAAUCAACGGAAACAGAAAGGCAAUUGAAUGAAUGUAAAAAAAAAACAAAUGAAACUGAAACGAAGAGAAACACAAACGACUUAAUUAAAUGUACAGAUCGGACCUA